GUGGAAGUACCUGAAACUUAAAAUACCACUCGUAAAUAUAACCGCUUCUUUUGAUAGAUUAAAUUGUCUGGGUUGUAUUGAAGACCGAACUCAUUGGUCGAAUAACUUUGCAUUUCUAGACACUAAUAUUAUGUUUAAAAAGGUUAUAUUUGCUUAG